GCUGCCGGAGUGUCUGUGGGCCAGACAGAGCGGGCAGGCCGGGUGUCCGCAGGGCGGGCUGCCGCCGGGCUGUCCUUCCACGCACGCCGAACACUUAUUGCCCUCGUCGUCGGGCGGGCUAGACCUGGUCCCGCACCCGGCUCCCAGGCCUGACCCGGACCAGCAUCUGCCGGUGGCGGCUCUGACCGGGGCGCCAGGCCGUUCGGCGGACCCUGCGGUCGCCAUCUUCCCUGGUGAGUCUUCUCUCUCCGGGCUGCUCUCAAAACAAACCCCGCCCUGCUGCCGCCGGAACGCACAGCAGUCCUCCGGCCUGCGCGGGGAGGGGGAGGGGGGGGGGGGUUGUUGCCGCCUUUUAGAAACUCGGAAUUUCGUUUCUCAUAGUUAAUGCUUAGGUCAGGUAUUUUCUCCUUGAACGGCCAACUCCUUCAGAAUAAUGAUGAUAAUUAUAACAAUAAUAAUAAUAAUAAUGUAUGUAAGUUAUGUUUUACUGACAAAAUGUAAUCGCCUGUUCAUUAACGCGUUAUAUCCAUAGACACAGUCUAUGGUUAUAUCCCAUUAAGUAGGAUCUGUUGACGCCAUAAAAUUCUAAGGCUGCUCAUGAACGCAACACGUUCAGAGAAGAAAUUCAAAUCCUUUUAAAAUUAAACAAAUUAAACAAUGAAUUGAUUAAUUGGUCCACGACGAUAAUAGACUGAAUUCAAAGUGGAAUUAGACUUGAAGUAAUGUUUAUUGUAAUGAUUUGAAAGAAAAUGUCAUUUAGUUUUUGUUUUUCGGUCAGCAGGUGGCAGAAGAGACCUGUAAAAGAACCGCACAAAUAUUUUUAGGACCAUCGAAGAAGAAUUUAAUUUAUUUUUUUAUUUUAAUUUUUAUUUUAUUUUUUAAAUGUAUUUUCAUUAGUAUUUUUAAGAGCCAGAUCCACACUCCAGAUCAGUUGGUGGCGGUAAUGCACCAUAACGUUGUUUGCCAACCGCCAAAAAAAAGGAAUCAAGAAGAAGAAGAAGAAGAAGAAGAAGAGUAACAACAAUGGCGGCGCACUGAGAGUGGAGCAGAUAAGAGAGGAUCCGUAACAGCUGGAGGUGAAGUUUGAGGUAAAAAAAGACACAACAGAAGAUUUGAUCGGAAAGUUGAUAGGGCCAGAUGAGAUAAGGUGUGCAGUCAGUCACUUCUUUUAAGUCAAUCUUAAAAACUCACUUUGACAGACUUGCUUUUAUGCGAUGCCGUCUUUUCUACUUAUCUUUUCUUAUUUAACCUCUUAGGCCUUUUAUUGAUUUUAUUGUUUAUUUCCUGAUAAUUUUUGUCAUUCUAUUUCAUUAUUACUAUAACCUUUCACCCCCCCCCCCCCUUUUUUUUUUUUUUUAUUACAUUUCUUUUUCUUACCUAUUUUAUAUUUUUAUUUUGGUCCUCAUGGGCUCAUUUUAUGUGGUAGGAUUCUUUUAUUGUCUGGGUUCCUUAUGACAAAUGAAAUUUGGAGGCCUUGUUUUAGCUGAGCUUUUGUUUUUUAUUUGUUUUUAUUUUCAUUAUUAUUAUUAUUGUUAUUAUUAUUAUUAUUAUUAUAGUAUCUCAUGAUUAUAACUUAGGCCAACCAUCAGUAAUAUAGCUUGUGCACAGUCACAUGCUCAAGCAGCCUGGCUAGGAUUACAAUAUGACUGUGUGAUUUACCACCACGUUCUGUCUGGUGUGGCACUUUUUAUGACAUAUGUGACAUAGGGCUUAAAUUGGGGCAGACUUUAGAAAGCACCAAUAGGGACCAUAUUCUGAAUACCCAAAAAGAGGACACUACUGCGCCAGGCAGAGUUGUGCACGUGUGUGCAAAAUUUUGAGGUUAGAAUUUGUUUUUAUUGGCCAAUUUUGCAAUUCCAUUAACACAGACAUCACAGACCCUGAUGGGGGACCCCUCAGUCAGUGUAUCACACCCACCUUACAAAUCCUUCACUCCCUGAAGUAAAUCACCAAACAACUCAAGUGGAAUUUAAACUGCAAACCCUCCUGACAGUGAACAUGAUGUUUCCUCUGCUGUAGCUAGAGGUCUUUAAAAGGGGUGAUAUUAUGUUUUUCCACAUUUACAACAAAAACUGCUAUGUUACAAUGUUUGGUUUCCAUACUACAUGUAUUUAUAGUUUAAAAUCACAAGGUAAACGUAUGUUGUCAAAAUCUUAGAAAAUAGAUAUAUACUACUGAAAACGGGAGCCUGCACUAAGACGUGAGACUCAAUGAAUGCCUACAUGGGCAGGCAGCUAAAAUAAGGGGUUUUAGGCUGAGGCUGAACAAAUGAUAUUUUAAUCCACCAGAGGGAGAAACAGGAGGCUGUUUUUGAUCUGAAAAUCAUGUCAAGAUAUUAAACAGGAAUCAGAGAGGAAGUAUAGAGUCUGAAAAAAUGCACAAUACCCUCUUUUUAACUUUCUCUGGAAAUGUCUGGUUACAGUACCAGUCUCCUGAUAUUAUCCUGGUCCUGGAUGCAGGGGGGCAGGCCAGUGGUGGAGGUGGUCCGUCUGGGCCUGGUCUCCUAUCAGGAGGCUCUGCUGCUGCAGCAGGUCUAUGUGAAUCGGCACCGGUCAGGUCCGGCUCACACUCUUCUCCUCUGUCAGCACCUACCAGUCUACACCACUGGAAUCCGACACAAACCUUACCCCGCUACUGUGUUGGACCACCUCCGAGAGCUGGGGGCCGAUGUCUACCGUGCCAACCGGGGAGGACUCAUAACUUUCCAUGGACCAGGUCAGCUGGUCUGCUACCCAGUCCUCAACCUGAGCAGCUUCAAGAAGGUCUGGAGUCACUAAAUGUUUAGUUUCAGAUGUUUUGUCAGUGAGUGGACUAACCUCUGAUCUGCCCCCUUCAGAGCGUUCGCUGGUAUGUCUGUGAGCUGGAAAAGACCAUCAUCUCCGUCUGCAGCAGGUUUGGCAUCAACGCAUCCACGUCUCCUCACACAGGAGUUUGGGUUGGAGACAACAAGAUCUGUGCCAUUGGUAUGACCACCUUAUCCAUCUCUGUCACAAACUCUCAGACAGGAGGACUUCAGGUUCCUUCAAAUUUUUCGAGAUUGUUCAGGUUUCAUUUUGAACACUAACUGAUCAGCUUUAUAUCGAUACAAUUAAACCAGCUGUGAUUGGUCAUCUUUGGCCCCACCUAUGCAGGUACUGAAGGAAUCUUUUUUGACCAUCCACAGUCCAACCCUCUGAGGUUAUUUCGGCAUCAGCUCCAUGCUCCCACUGUUUUGCCUUUCUGGCAUGAGUGAUGCCCACACUGUGCCUAUCAAAUAAGACUCUCACCUCCACCUUACCUAUUAAUAUCUUGACCCCACAUUGAGUGGAAUUUCUUUUUUUUUCACUUGUUUUCCCUCUUGGUUCAUCAUAAAAUUGGUAUCGUUGAAUAUUUCUCAAGGGCAUUCACGCAGAGCCAGCCCAAGCCUCAAUGGGGCCCUAAGCAAAAUUUGAUCAUUCACACACCUUCACAAAUCUCUUUGAUUAACUUUCCAUGACAUGGAAACAUACCUUAUCUUGGCGUUUUUCUCUUUCUUCCUCUUUCUUUUCUCUGCUCCUGAAGGAUAUGUCCUUUAUGGCGUCAUUGUUUUGCCCCACAACUACCUGUGCUUUGGAUGCUCAGUGCAUAUUGCACAGCAGAAGGCACAUAACGGUAGCAGAGCUUUGACAUAUUGGCAGUAAGAAUCAUAGGCCCACAUCAGCAGCAGCACUAAAAUAUUUUUACUUUAUUUUAUUUUAUUUUGACAAUAAUAUAUUUUUGAUCAUACAGAAAGCAUCACUCAUACACGCAAAAAAAAAUAAAUGUUAAAAAAAAAAAUUUGUGACUGCUGUUUGGGGCCCCCUAAUGGCUGCAGGGCCCUAAGCAGACACUUAGUUCACUUAUGCCUUGAGCUCUGCGUUCACCUACCCUUUUAAAGGCACCAUAUAGGCAGGGCAAAGUGUUCCCUCACAUGCGACAACUGUAGAGAUGAUUGUUUUUUUUUAAUGGAAACAGGUGUAGGACGCGCGUGCGCACUCUGUUAUAAAUCUGAAAUUUUUGUGCGCACGUAUUUCCUGUGUUCCCAACAUACACCACCUGUAGUGAUCUUUCCUACGCAGUGUUUUAAAAAUGAGGCCCCUGAUCAGCCUGUUUGUCUUUAUUUGAAAACUGAUUCAGUUUCAUCAUCAUCCUGUCUCCCAAAGGUUCAUCCUCUGAAUCUAUCUUUUCUUUCAGUCAGUGUACAGCAGUUCCUUGCUUCCUUCCAAAGAGUCAUUUGUGUUCAUUUCAGCCUGUUUCCUACUCUGCUGGCAAUUUCUCAGUGGAGCAGUGAAGUAAAAAAGGGCUGGACAGACCCUUUAGACUUAGAAGUAUCUCUCUAAGCCUCUCUCACAGCUACAGUGGGUCACAAGGACCAUCCUGAUUUCCUGCACUGUGACUGAGAAUGUGUGAGGGAGACUUUUUAAAAUGUAUUAGUUUUUCUGUUUGUUCAUUCAUGUAUUCACUUAGAGCCAGGAAAGCCUCGCAAACAUAUAAAACCUCUUACAGAGUGCUCUGGCCAAACUUCGCAGCAGCAUAUUUCAUCAAAGUUACAGACAGACAACACAACAAAAAUUACAAAACACGUCGACAUAUCCUUGGUCACAUAACAGAAAUCAUCAGUCAGAGCAUCUGCAGCCAAUGCAUCUUUCUCCAGCACCUUCAGUCAAAUCUAAAAGUAGUUCAAGAGACCAGUGCCCUCAGACUCAAAUCCUCCUGCAGAGUUCCAGGCUGCCCGAACACAGCUCCAAAACAGAUUUUAUCCAUUUCAAGACAAACUCUGAGGACAGAAAGCAGAAAUAACUCAUUUGACUGUUUUUUUUUUCCAUUUUUCAAAUUAGUAGCUGUGAAUCAUCCACCUGCUGUUAAUAACACAUAUAGAGAAUUAUUAGUAAGGAAGCCUAACUAACUGGAUUAUUUAUAGUUUAAAAUCAACACAUGUAUAACAUUGAUAAAUAAAUCAGCAGCUAAUCAAACUCAGUAAUCAGAUUAUUGUGUGAGUGAUCAUAUCAUCAGAUCAGAUCAUUUCUGUUUGUGUACCAUCAGGAAUCCACUGUGGCCGAUACAUCACGUCUCAUGGUUUGGCUCUGAACUGUAACACAGACAUGUCGUGGUUCAGCCACAUUGUCCCAUGUGGUAUUGAGGGUAAAGGAGUAACAUCACUGAGUGCCGAGCUGCGGAGAGACGUCACUGUGGAGGAAACCGUCCCUCACCUGCUGGACGCUUUUGGAGAGCAGUUAAACUGUCAGCUGACUGACGGGCACAGACCUGAACCUGAUGGAAACAGUAGAGGACCAUCAGCCGAAGACUUCUCUGGUUGUCCUUAAGCAGUCAACUAAAGAACUUUUUCUUACAAUUUUGGUGCCGUGACCCUAAUUGGCUGAUUCUGAGACCAUGUCUGAUUGAGGACUGCCAGAGUUGAUCAGAGAAGACUUUUUUUAUCAGACAAUAUCAGGUGCCUGAAAUCAAGGUAUGCAGGAAACCUUUUCUAUCUGAUAAUUUUGCACAUUGGUUACACUAAAUUUAAAAUUGUCUGAUUAAGUGUCAUCUCCUGAUCUAUAAAAUAUCAUGAGGAAAAUUGUAGUAAAUGCAUUUUUUCUUUUUUAACUGAAUGAUUACAUGUAAAGUAUAAAACACACAAUUUCAUGUGAGGGAAAGUAAAUGUGUGGCCUUAAUUUGUUCUGAACUGGUUAAUGUCUAAUUAGGUUUCAAAAAUUUUUCCUGGGUUAGCCAGAUGCUGGGAGGGAUGCCAGACUUCUGCUGAUCAGAGUUGUGAAUUAUCCCUGGAUAUUUAUGAAGCGCACAGAGUUAUAGACUCCAUGUAGAAGCUUCUUGAUCGGUAAGAAGAAUAGCCUAAUUACGCUCCCACUCCCACAGCACUCGCUCCCUCCCUAUAUGCAGAAGCAUGAAGGCCCUCCAACACCAGAUGCAACUGACUAGUUCAGAUAACCUCUUCAGAAACAUAGUGCAACAUUGUGAGACGUGUCCAGUUCGCAUUUCCAGAUAUAAGUCACAAGUAAGAGAUGUCAGUCAUAGUGUGCAUUGUCUGUUUCCAGCUGCAACAAGACAUUAAAGAAUACUUUCUGGGAUAUCUUGA